AUGACGACAUUUCUCAAUUCUCCAAGCUCGCCGAAGCCGGUACACGGCACUUUCUAUGAUGACGAACGUAGCGUCCGGGAAUCUUCGAGACAUACGGCCAAUCUUUCAGGCGCGACCAUGUUGGAUUUGAUCAGCGGUCCGGAGGGAACCAUAGCCGCUGCCUACAACGAGGCAACCACGCCUACGAAACCGACGUCGAGAUCAAAACGGGUUCCCAAUUUCUCUGCCACAAAGUCUCAGCUGCGACAGACGAACCGGACACUGCUUGAAAUCGUUCAGAAUAUCCAGGCCGAACUCGCAUUCCAGAGAGAAGCCAUGCUUGACAUGCAAACGCGCAUUUACCACCUUGAAACCAGGCCUUGCAACCAUGUCAGUAACAACACCAGCCACGAUAUUGAGUUGAGCCCCCCAAAACUCCCGUCCCGCAAGCGAUCCGAGAUCAGAGCCAAGCCCGUAAAGAGCACUACUCGCGAAACCCCAAGACGUCGAGAUGCGCACCAAAAACACGGCGAGAAGCGGGGUGCUACCAAUAAAGAAGGCGCCUUCUGGAAGUCCCCCACCCGUUUCUCCGGCUUCAACUUCAACUUCGAUCUGCUAGAAACCGUACCCAGCUCAAGAGACGCACCAGAAGUAAUUCCAGUCUCGCCCCCCGUACCAGAAAAAGACGAGCAACACGACCCAUUUGCCUCUGGUGGAAAGCGUAAAACAACACCACGCAUCACGCGUGUAUUAACCGGGGAACCCACAGCCAUGUACCACGACGUAGUCAGCGACAUCAGGGAGCACGUCAUCGACUUCGACCGCGUCAGGACGCCCAUACCACCAAUCCUGCAAUCCCCCCCGCGCAGCUCCCGCAGCAAGCUCAACACGGCAAACACAGCCACGACAAACAGCCGCGACGACGAAAUCACCGCUCUACCCCAAGUCCCCGUGCUCGCCCCGCCGUCGUCCAUGGACGAACCGCAACACCACCGCAAAGGCAUCAAGAGCCUCUUCAUGUACAGGACCUUUUCCAAAAGCUACAAUAAGUCGGAUUUUGCCCCCAGCACUGGGGAUCGUCGCUCCGGCGCACGCCAUAACCACCACAACCAGAACUAUCGGGAAUUCGAUAAUUUGUUCACUUCCAAGACGACGAAUGGGGAGCGCUUUCAGUUGGCUGUUACGCCGACGAUUCCGUUGCAGGAUCUUUAUCAUAGGUAUCGUCUUGAGCAGCAGCAGCAGACGGUGAGGGCGUAA